GAUGAUGUCAACAAAAAUGGCCGCCUCCAUGAGAUGAUCAAUUGGCCGUGUUAAAAAUGUAUUUUAUUCAAUUAGUGGAUCACAUGGAGUGUAUUUGUAUUGCAUAGUCAGCGAUGAAAAUUGUAAUAUGGAAGAGAAACGAUAUGCAAUCAUCUCCAGGGAAUCCAUACGCCUGUUUGCGGAGGCAGAGGGCCAUUCUGAAGUGACCGAGAGUGUUGCCGCUCUCCUUGCUGAAGAUGCUACAUACCGACUGAGAGAAGCGGUGCAGAGUAGCUGUCAGUACAUGAGACACAGCAAAAGGAGGCGACUGACCACUGAAGAUUUCAACAAGGCACUAAGUGCAAGUGAUGUGGAGAUCAUAUAUGGACAAGGAUCUGGGGAACCAUCCACAUUUCGACAGACUGCAGGAGGCGAGCUCCAUUUUGUGGAAGACAGGGAGGUCAAUCUGGCUGGAAUGGCUCUGGGAGGAUGUGGGCCCCAAAAUCCAGGCUCCACAUCCAUUAAAACUCAUUGGCUUGCCGUUGAAGGCACCCAUAAAGGAGCACCAACCUCUGGAGGCAAACAGAAUGGCAAAGUGAACAAAGGAAUAAGUGCCGAUUUACAAACCUACUAUGAUAACAUGACCAUGGCCAUUUUGGGGAAUGAUGAUGAACUCAUGAGGAUUGCUUUGGAGGAUCUAAGGACCAAUGCCAGAAUUUUACCUUUGAUGCCAUAUUUGGUGAACUUCAUAUCUCAGGGGGUAAGGACUGUAAGUCAUGAUGUUUCGCAGCUGACGAAAUUACUCCAUACAGUCAAGGCUGUAAUCAGCAAUCCCUCCCUCUUCUUGGAACCAAGACCAUAUCUAAACCAUUUAGUACAGGGUAUAAUGUACUGUUUACUGGAACCACUCGCUGCGUCUAUCAAUCCAUUAAAUGACCACUGGGCACUGAGAGACUAUGCUGCCAGGUUACUAGCUCAGGUCUUAAACAAAUGGUCUUCACAAGUGAAUCAGUUGGCCCAGAAGAACAUAAAAAUAUUGAAUGAGGUUUUGGUGGACCUCACCAAACCACCCUGUUCACAUUAUGGGACUGUGAUGGGCAUGGCAUCUCUGGGAACUGCCGUAACAGAACAAUAUAUUCUUCCAAAUCUUCCCAUUCUCAUGAAACACCUUGAAAAUAUAUUGAAUAAUAAUACAUUUGGAAAUGCGCAAUUAAAGGCAGAUGCAUCCAAAGUGGUUGGUGCUUUAUUGACUGCCUCAGAAUCAGUGCUGCGGUUUAGAAUAUACAGUUAUGCGAAUGGAGAUGAGCCAUCAAAACAAUGUGGCAGUAACAUACGAUCAAAAAGAAGACCAGCCCCUUUACGAAUAGACAUCCCAAAGGUGAUAUCAGUUUCUCAGGAUCUUAACUCAGAUUCUAAACAAAAGGUGAAAUCAGAAACCAAGACAGAUUCCCAGGACAUGAAGCCCAUGCUGAACGAUGAACUUCCUGGAGAAUUAUUUAAGCAAGUAGAGACAAAACCAACCAGGAUGGUUUACAAAUCUUACAAGGAAUUGUACGAGAAACUGUACUGUUUCUUUGGUGACUGUUUAUCUACACGGCUUCCAGUGGCCCAAAUAGAGUUGGACCAAAUGCCAAAGAAAACUGACAAUUUAGUGAGUUUGGCUGAUUCUGACAGCUUAAAGAGUGGAGAAGAUCUGCUGGCAGUAUUCUUGAACACUGCUGAUAAAAUGGAAGCUGACAGUGAACACACCAGUGAUAAAACACGAUUAGACGAAAUCGAUAUUGAUGGCGAUGUGAAAUCAGAGCCUUCUGAGCCAUCAGAUAAGUCUGAUGAGAACCUGUUGUUUUUGGGAGAGGACACCAGCAAUGUUGAUUUGACAGUCAAAAGCACUAAUGACUCUUCAAAAGGAAUCAAGUUGAUCAUUUCAAAGAGACCAAAGCGUAAACAUGAAAGUAAAGAAAGAAAAAGUGAUAAGUAUAGAUCUGAUUCUAAAGAGCCAAAACACAAAAGAAGAAAACAGAAUGUACAGAGUAGCAAGGAAGAACAAAUGUUUGAAAAAACAGUUCUCAGGAAAAGAGAAGGAAAGUUUGUUUUUAAUAUACGUGGACUCUCAGCUGUUGCAGUUUUAGAUCCUGCAAAGAAAUUUAGCAUAGAUUCAGAUAAUAUGUCUUACAAAACCCCAGUGUAUAAACAGAAUUUAUGUAUGCCAGUACAUGGAAAAAUGUGGUGGAGCAGAAGACCAACAAAGAUUCUGAAAUCUAAUGCCCCCAAAAAUUACAGUACAUUACUAUGUAUAAUAUAGCCAUUCAGAUUUAUUCUUCACUACUAACAUUAUAGUGGUGAAUAUCACAAGUUAAUUUUACUGUACUUAAUCUGGCAUGUGUUUCUGAUGUGCACAUUCAUUUUGUGAUCAUGCUAGCAUCUUGUGAAUUUCUGAAGAUUCGCCAAAACUGCAAUUGAUAUUAUAUAUUUUUCUGGAUCAUAAAAUACUAAAUAUUUAACUUAUUUUUGAGGUUAGUCAUAAUUUUAUUAAAUUCUAUACACAAAUGCAUGCUAUUAAAACCAUUAUAAUUAUUAUUGUCCAGCCAGAUGUAGCUUCAGUUUCUGAGCUUCAUUAUUGACCAAAGAACAGGUACAGCAGAUAUUUAAUCAUGUAGUCAAUUUAUUAAAAACUGCGUCCACUUGUAAUGAAAUAAAGUUGUAUAAACUAUAGUAAAUAGUGUUGUCAUA